UGCGUAAUAAUAAAGUACGAUAUUAUAAUAAAAUUAAUUUAUACAUUUAUUAUCUCGAUGUCUUAGGUUCCAUCUGAUCUCCCCAAAAAUGAAAUGAUCAACCCAUGUCAAACUGUACAUAGAAUAAGCAGCCUUCUAGAAAAUAAAAAGCUUAAAGCUUUCCUUCUAUAUUUUACUCCUAAAAUCCAUCUCUCUCUAUAUCCCACAAUCAAAACAUUCUUUUCUUCCAAACACACAUCCAAACUCUUCCCAUCCAAACCAUUUUCAAAAUUCUUACAUCCUAAUUUUUGUUGGUUUUUUUUUUUUUUUUUCUGUUGUUCUGAUCCACCCUACAACUAUUAGUCUUUGUUAAGCCUCUUAAAUGGGUGCUUCAGCUUCUUCUAUUGCAUCAAAAUUUGCAUUCUUCCCACCAGAUCCAUCAUAUAAUGUAGAGACAGAUGAACUGAGCGGAAAACAGAGACUCACUGGCGUUCCCGAGAAAGAUAAAGGCGAAGUGUUGAUGCUGCGCACAAAGGGAGACAACUUCAUCUUCACUGUCUACGUGAAGAACCCUUCUGCAUCCUUCACAGUGCUCUACUCUCAUGGAAAUGCCACUGACUUAGGCCAGAUGUUCAUGUUCUUCACUCAGCUUAGUGAUCAGCUUAAUGUUAAUGUCAUGGGCUAUGAUUAUUCUGGCUAUGGAAGGUCCACUGGGGAGCCAAGUGAGCAGGCCACAUAUGCUGACAUAGAGGCAGCUUAUACAUGCCUUACAGAGACAUAUGGAGUUAAGCAAGAAGACAUUAUAUUGUAUGGGCAAUCAGUUGGAAGUGGACCAACUCUAGACUUGGCUGUUCGAUUGCCUCGAUUGAGGGCUGUCAUUCUUCAGAGUGCAAUCCUAUCUGGUCUUCGAGUCAUGUACCGGAUGAAGAGAACGCUUCGGUUUGACAUAUACAAGAACAUUGAAAAAAUUCCACUGCUCAGUAGCCCAGUUCUUGUAAUCCAUGGGACUGAAGAUAGAGAUGUGGAUAUCUUCCAUGGUAAGAAGCUUUGGGAGCUUUGUAAAGAAAAGUAUGAACCUUUGUGGAUUGAAGGAGGGAAACAUUGUGGAUUAGAGUUCUUCCCAGAAUUCUUUAGGCAUCUCAAGAAAUUCAUAUCAGCGAUUGAGAAAUUGCAAUGUCAUGAAAAUGAAUUAGUAGAGAGUAUAGAUCAUCAAUUGAAGCAUUCUAUGAACUCCACAGACCUUAAGUCCAGAUUGAGUACUGACCAUAGAGAGCAGUCUAGGACAAGCAUUGGGCAGAGGGAAAUAUGUAGGCGAAGCGCAGACACCAGAGAGAAGCCAAGAACUAGUGCCGACAGGAGGGAAUUAAGAUCAAGAAAGAGUGUGGAUUGCUCAGGGAAAUCAAGGAACAGCACAGAUCAGUCAGAGAGAGGGAGGAACAGCAUCGAUCGGUUGGGAGAUAUGAUGAGAUCAGUUGCAUUGUGCAAUGUUGAUUGUUUUAAGCAGACAAGAGAAAUGAUUUAGAGGAUGAUCAGUAAUUAUAAUUGCCAUUUUCUUUUUACUCUUUGUUUGGAGUUCCAAAAAAGCUAUGGAAAGCAAGGAAUGAGUGGCAGCUUGUAUGUGAAUUUUUAGUCUGCCUGUAAUUUUGCAUCUGAUUUAUGCUCUUGAAUGCCACACUUCCCUUUAGCUUGUAAACUUUAUAGAACAGAUUGAUUUAUGUAUCUGUUGUAUUUCACAUCAAUUUACUUAUCACAUGAUUCUCUUGUGCAAAUUAGUGCCGAAAUGUUUACAUAAUCCAAUGUUUUGAAGAAUAGAAAGAAAGAAAAAAAAAAAAAAGAACAAUCAUGAUAUUGACUCCAAAUGUCAUGUUAUUAUUAUUUUUAUGGGUAAAUAUCACUUACUUCCUUCGAAGUUAGGCUUAAUUACAGGCGGUACCCUUUCAA